CAAUUCAGGCGCCGUGCAAGGAUUGGAAAGGACGGAGAAGCAUUCAUUCUGUCGACAGUCACUGCUCCGGGUGCAGGCUUGUAUCAGACUGCGAGUCUCAGUUUUGAUGGUGUUUUCACUCGAAAUAUCCAGAGGCAGCAGAACUUGGACGAUUAUUUGAAUUUGACUAUUUGGUGGAAAAUUCUUUUAGUGGACGGAAAAUUCUUUAAAAAAAAAAAUCACAAUGACUCCAUCUGUUCAUAAUAUUUUUUUAAUAGAAUGAUCGAAAGAAUGAAAUAGAAUAUCUUCAACCACACAUCUCGGGCCAUGGCCCCCCACGAAGAUGGAAACCUGCGGUUGACUUAGAACUUGACUUAAAACUCCGUAUGGCUCCUGCUUAAAAAGCUUCUUUACUUUGAUGGGCUAAUCAGGACCAGAUUGCUCUCGCUAAUGGCUUUUGCUCUUCUUCCUCUUUCUUAUUUCUUGCUCUUUCUGCUACCAAAUUUUGCUCUUGCUCAAAACCGUGGUAAUCUAACUGUGGGUGCUUCUCGCACUGCCUCUGAUCAGAACUCCUCAUGGCUUUCACCUUCUGGUGUUUUUGCCUUUGGUUUUUAUCCACUGAACAAGAACAACAGCGUCGAUCUCUUCUUGCUUGCUAUUUGGUAUGCAAAUAUACCAGAAAAAACCAUAGUUUGGUAUUCUAAUGGAGAUUAUCCUGCACCCAAGAAUUCAAAAGUCCAGCUUACCGAUGGCGGGCUUGUCCUUACGGACCCACGAGGCGGAGAGCUAUGGAGAUCCCCCACCAGUGGCUCUGUUACUUCUGGUGCCAUGACAGAUGCUGGCAAUUUUGUGAUUCAUGCUGGUGAUUCUGUCGCUUGGGAAAGCUUUGAGCAUCCUACUGAUACAAUAUUACCUUCUCAAAUCCUGGAGAGGGAAGGGGUGCUUUCUUCUCGAUAUUCAGAUACCAAUUUUUCCAGAGGAAGGUUUCAGCUGAAACUUCAAGAAGAUGGUAAUCUUGUCCUUGCUUCUGUAAACUUGCCCUCUAACCAUACUAACGAACCUUAUUAUGAGAGCGGCACUGACGGUGAUUCAAAUUCCUCGAGUGCUGGUUUCCAACUGAUCUUUAAUUCAUCAGCAUACUUGUAUAUACUGAGAGCAAAUGGCCAAAAAUUCCCACUCAGUUCGGAUCCACCACUAGGAAACUUCUAUCACAGAGCAACUCUCAAUUUUGAUGGAGUUUUCACUCAUUAUUAUCGCCCAAUAACAUCAACUGGCAACGAAAGGUGGACUCCAAUUUGGACUCAACCUGGUAAUAUUUGCCAAGCAAGCAGGGUAAACGCUGGUAGUGGCGUCUGCGGGUUCAAUAGUGUCUGCACACUGAUCCAAGAUCAGAGAGCGAACUGUGAAUGUCCGAGUGGGUAUUCUUUACUUGAUCCAAAUGAUCAGCACGGCAAUUGCAAACCAAACUACACGCAGACAUGUGAAGAAAACGAGACGGGUCCGAUGGAAGAUUUAUAUGGCUUUGAAGUUCUCAUGAAUACAGAUUGGCCAACAUCUGAUUAUGCCCUCUUGCAGCCUUUUACUGAAGAAGGCUGUAGGCAAUCUUGUUUACAAGAUUGUAUGUGCGCUGUUGCUAUUUUCAGAUCCGGCGAUAUGUGUUGGAAGAAGAAGCUGCCACUCUCUAAUGGAAGGGUAGAUCCUAAUCUUAACGGCAAGGCACUUAUCAAAGUUAGAAGAGGUGAUGUCCCAAGAAUUAAACCAGAAAUCUUGGUGAAACAGGACAAAAACAGAGAUGGUUUGAUGGUAGCUGGAGCCGUACUUUUGAGUUGCUCCAUUUUCGCAAACUUGUUAUUGGUUGGUGCAAUUUGUUUGGGUUGCUUCCUCAUACACCAAAAGAAACACAAACGAGUUCCUCAUCAGGAUAAUUUAGCAGAGACAAAUUUGCGGUGUUUUGAUUACGAAGAGCUCGUAGAAGCUACAGAUGGAUUCAAGGAAGAACUGGGAAGAGGAGCUUUUGGCAUCGUAUACAAAGGGGUGCUAAGUGUGGGGUCUAGCAUCCCUGUGGCAGUGAAGAAGUUAGAAACUGUGGCAAGAGAUGGUAUGAAGGAAUUCAGAACAGAGUUAAAGGUGAUCGGUCAGACACAUCAUAAGAAUCUGGUUCGACUGCUGGGAUUCUGUGACGAUGGAGAACAUCAACUACUGGUAUACGAGUUCCUGAGCAAUGGAACUUUAUCAAGCUUUCUCUUUGUAGGCGAGAGACCCAGUUGGAACAAAAGAGUCCAGAUUGCUUUUGGAAUUGCAAGAGGACUACUUUACUUGCAUGAGGAAUGUAGCACUCAGAUUAUCCACUGUGAUAUAAAGCCCCAGAAUGUACUUCUGGAUGACUGUUACAACGCAAGGAUAUGUGACUUCGGAUUGGCAAAGCUUUUGUUGUUGGAUCAGAGCGAUACCCUAACUGCCAUUAGAGGAACAAAAGGAUACGUCGCCCCAGAUUGGUUUAGGAACUUGCCCAUCACAGUGAAAGUGGACGUCUACAGCUUUGGAGUCCUGCUGCUAGAGAUCAUUAGUUGCAGAAAAAGUGUGGAAGCGGAUAUCGACGGAACCAAUACAGAGAAAGCAAUUUUAACAGACUGGGCUUAUGAUUGUUAUUGUGAAGGGAGUUUAGAUGCCCUGGUUGGACAUGACGCAGACGCCUUGGAUUUGGAUGAGAGAAGGAAGCUAGAGAGGUUUGUGAUGGUUGGGCUCUGGUGCGUUCAAGAAGAUCCAUCGCUGCGACCCUUCAUGAAGCAAGUUGUGCAGAUGCUUGAAGGAGUCGUUGAAGUUCCCAUUCCACCAUGUCCUUGCCCAUUUAGCAUAACUUUUUGAAAUGUCCCUUGAUGCUUUAACCUCUGCCAUCGUCUCUUGAUAAGGUGAACGCUGUCCUUUUCGUUCUGAGAUGAUAUGUUCUUGUAAGAUAAUUAAAUAUUUUCGUCCUUUUAUUAGAAGUUAAUUAGUUUCUUGUUGUAUGCUAUGUGUUUGUGGAAGUAUAAAACUCUGGAUUCUAGAA